AUGACUCGUACAGUGGGUAACAGUAACGCCAUCGCCCUUGACACAAUCUCAUUGGCAAUUGGUAUUUAUGGUGCUUAUGAUAUAUUGUACUCGGGCAGGGUCUUGCCAGACCACUUGGUUGAUGCUGGCCAUUGGCAAUUCUUGACUAAUUUAUCAUUGGCAUAUUCUCUAGUAGUGUUCGCAUUGGGUUUGGUUGCACAUUUAACCAGGUCUCAGUAUUUAUUCAGAUUGAAAAAUAACUUACACCCUAUAGCGCUUGCCUUAGAAGCAGUUGUAGCCGUCGUUUAUUGGCCAUUGCGCCUCUUCUUUUUGAAAUUGUUGGUGAAAGAUCCUUCCAAAGUCUUGAUCCCAAUGUUAACAGAUUUAUCGAUCCACUUAAUGCCAGUGUCUUCCUUGCUUAUAGAUUAUUUGGCAUUUAUGCCGAGUUGGACUAUUACCAGGAGUACUGCAUUUGGUGCUUGUGGUAUCUUAAGUACUGGUUAUUGGUUUUGGUUGCAUCAUUUGAUCGAUUUUGAAAAUGGUGGGGAGUAUCCAUAUGCUUUUUUGAAUCAUCCAUCCCUCUAUGCACGUAUAGUUAUAUUUGGCAUUGUGGGAUUGACUGGAUUCAGUCUGUAUUUGCUUAUGUCAAACGUUUACGUUUGGGUAGUUGGUAAGCAAAGAGAGGACUAA